AUGAAUGUCUCUUCUGUCACAAAAACUGGUCAAGUUAUGGGUGAAGUGAUUGCAAUUGAACCUAAGGAUGAAGUGAUUUUGGUAAAAGUUCGUGUUAAUGUUGAUCUUUCCAUGCCGUUAAGAAGAGGAAUUAAAUGUACCACCAAUGCUGGAGUGACUAAAUGGCAACAAUUUUUCUUUGAGAGACGACCAAAAGGCAUUUGUACUGAAUGCUAUGUCAUUAAUAACUCUAGAGGUGCUUGCAAAGAAGAUGCAAUUUUUCUCAAUAAAGAUCAUGAGAAACCUUAUUUUGUUGGAAAACUCAAUAAUAUAGGUAAAAGCAUUUCUGUUACAUCUUCAAGAGAUGCUCCUGCUGAUGAAGGUAUUUUGGAUGAUGAAGAAAGUAGACUAGGAAAGUGUUAUAGAGGUGAUAGGGUUUCCACAGUUUUACCUCCUGUUUCUGAGACUUCUUCUCAAAGCACCAUGUUGAAUCCAAAUUCAUCCUCAGAUAAUAUUCAAUUGAUCACAGCUGGAAAAAAUCAAUCUGCAUAUGCUGACAAGGGGAAUCAGUUCUUCAGAGCAUUUAGAAUUAGUUUCAUCAUUCUGAUACUAAUUUCUGCUAGUAUGAAAGUUUUGUCUUGGAAUAUCCAAGGAUUUAAUACCCCAGCUACUGGGGAUAACCUUAGGGAUAUUAUUAGGACUCAAGACCCUGAUAUUAUUUUUCUCUGUGAGACUAAACUAUAUGAUGAUAAAAUGAAGAGUUUGCUAGCUCCUUUUAGAUAUCCAAACAUUAAUUAUCUCCAACCACUAGGCUUGUCUGGUGGUUUUGUUCUAAUGUGGAAUAAUGGAUUUGUAUGUGAUAUUGUGAGCUGUGAAAAUAACAUGAUACGUGCAGCUUUUCAAAGUGAUCCUAGCCAACCAGAAUGGUUGCUAUCUUGCAUGUAUGGGUAUUGUAACUAUGCAAAGAAGAAAGCUCAAUGGGAGUUCAUAAAAGACAUUGGAUUUAAUAUUUCUCAACCUUGGGUUUUAACGGGAGAUCUAAAUAUACAUCUUCUUGAUAAUUCUUCUUCUGGUUCUUCCUCAAGUGAUGGUUUGGUUCACACUAUUCUUCAGGAAAUUGGUUUAGAAGACUUGGGUUUUCUUGGAAAGGGGCAUACUUGGUCUAACAACAACAUUGGAACAAGUGAAAAAAGAUCCAGAAUAGAUAUGGCUUUAGUUAAUGUUGAAUGGAAUAUGGUUUUUAAUGAUUCCAAACUAACUUGUGCAAUGGAAAUAGAUAGAGCAUGGGAGAAGAAAGUUCAAGGAUCACCAGGUUUCAAGUUAGUUAAAAAGCUUCAGUUCACAAGAAGAGCUUUAUCCAAAUGGAACAAAUAUCAGUUUGGAGAUAUUAAUCAGAAGGUUGACACGCUUCAGCAGCAACUAAAUACAAUUCAAGCACUUCCUUACUCUCAAGACAAUACUUCUAAUGCUAUUGAGGUAAGUAAAGAAUUGGAUAAAUGGCAUAAUAUUCAGCAUGAGCUCAACAAACAAAAAUCAAGAGAUAACUUUGUUAAGGAUAUGGAUUAUAAUUAUAAAUACUUUCAUAAUUUAACUAAAAGGAAAAGAUCAAGGAACAACAUUCACUCUUUAAAAGAUCCUUCAGGGAACUGGAUUCAUUCUAGAGAAGAUAUAUCUUCACUUCUUACAGAUCACUUUAAGAGCAUAAGUAUUUUUGGCAAUCCACAACUUGAGGAUCAUCAUUACUUAAAGAUUCCAGCUAUCAUCACAGAAGAAGAGAAUAGGAUACUUCUUUUACCACCUAUUAAUGAAGAAAUUUUCUAA